AUGUCCAAGAUCCUCACCGUCUUCGGCGCCACAGGCAACCAAGGAGGCUCUGUCGUCGAAGCCAUCCUCGCGGACCCAGCCCUGUCUCAAGAAUUCAAACUCCGCGCCGUCACUCGCGAUGUAAACAAACCAGCAGCCAAAAGGCUCGAGGCAAAGGGCGUUGAGCUCGUUGUGGCCGACAUGUCCUCAGCAGACUCCGUCGCCCCAGCCGUCCAAGGCGCCCACACCGUCUUCCUCGUCACGAAUUUCUGGGAGAGCAUGUCAGCCGACAUUGAAAUCUCCCAGGGCAAAGCCGUCGUCGAUGCCUGCAAGGCCGCCGGCGUCCAGCACAUCAUCUUCUCGUCGCUCAUCAACGCCGGUAAAGCGAGCAACGGACGCCUGUCCAAUAUCUCACAUUUUGACGGAAAGGCCCGAAUCGAGGAAUACAUCCGCUCAAGCGGUGUUCCGGGAACUUUUGUCUUGCCGGGCAUGUUCAUGAGCGGCUUCGAGACCAUGAUUCGCAAAAAUCCACCCUCGGAACCGGCAGGAUACACGUUGGCUCUGCCCGUCGAUCCGUCAAAAGCAAAGGCGCCGCUGUUUGAUGCCGCCCAGGACACGGGUAAGAUGUUUGUAAAGGCAGCUAUUAAAAACUUCCCCUCCCAAACCGGGAACCGUAUCCUUGCGGCGUCAGACUACUACACCAUUGACCAACUCAUGUCCGAGUUCUCCCAGGUCAUGGGCAAGCCCGCCCAUGCUGUGCAAAUCGAAGAUGACAAGUUCAAGUCGUUCCUGUCCCCAGCAGCGGCGGAGGAAUUGCUGGAGAAUAUGAAGCUUCUGGAAGAUCCCGGGUACUAUGCCGGUGAAUCUCUGGCAGGGAGCUUGGCAUUGCUGGAAGAGAAGCCGACGAGCUGGAAGGAAUUUGUGGAGAAACAUAAACAGAAGUGGGUUAAUUUCGAUCACUGA